CCGCUUCAUCCCCUGGGUGCUGUGGUUUUUAAAGGCAGCUUCCACCUAGUGUUUACACACGACUUGUAAAGAAGUGCUCGAAUCCUUUAAUGAACAGUUUACACCCUUACCAGAAAUGACUACCCCAAACAAGACACCACCUGGUGCUGAUCCAAAGCAGUUAGAGAGGACUGGUACUGUUAGAGAAAUAGGCUCACAAGCAGUUUGGUCCCUUUCAUCCUGUAAGCCAGGGUUUGGAGUGGAUCAGUUACGAGAUGAUAAUCUAGAAACUUACUGGCAGUCAGAUGGAUCACAGCCUCAUUUGGUGAACAUCCAAUUUAGAAGAAAAACAACAGUGAAGACAUUAUGCAUUUAUGCAGACUACAAAUCUGAUGAAAGUUACACUCCGAGCAAAAUCUCUGUCAGAGUAGGAAAUAAUUUUCAUAAUCUCCAGGAAAUCCGGCAACUUGAACUAGUGGAACCGAGCGGCUGGAUUCACGUUCCUCUGACAGACACUCACAAGAAGCCAAUUCGCACGUUCAUGAUUCAGAUUGCUGUUCUAGCUAAUCACCAGAAUGGGAGGGACACUCACAUGAGACAAAUCAAAGUGUACACCCCGGUGGAAGAGAGCUCCAUUGGUAAAUUCCCUCGAUGUACAACAAUUGAUUUCAUGAUGUAUCGCUCCAUAAGAUAAAGUUUGAUGAUGGUAUCGUUGCUAAAGUAUUCAGAUACUUAAAGAGCAGGGUUUACUUCAGUGUAAUUAUCUCUUUUAUGUUUACACUUUGUACGAUUUUGAAAUAAAGAUAAUACUGUGUUACAAU